AGAAAAAAACCCAACCAUGACGGAUGUUGCUGGUUCAACUGUGGCUAACAUGUAUUCCGUGCCAUCAGACACUAAGAUCUCAGAGAUCACGCCUACAAUCACGCCCACACACCCGCCCUCUGAUGAGAUCACGCCCACUGACGAGACGAAAGUGGGGGCGGCCCACGCUCUCAACAGACUGAGUGGCGACUAUGGCCAGACCUUCAUACCUGACCCAGAUAGUGAAGGAGGGCGAGGAUACAUACCCUUCGUGGACUACAGUGGGAGGGACUAUGCUCCUGUACCAAAUGGUCGUCGUGCCUCCUUCAACGACCUUGCUCCUUACACCCAUUUGCCGCAUCUGACUUCUUUGUCGUCUGCCACACCAGAUUUUUGUACAAUUAGGAGAGGUACCAGAGGAAACGACCUGGCUGCUGAGAACGACAGGAGUCUAUUGAACACGACCAACUACCACAUCUCAACGUUGGGACACAACGGUGAUUCCCACGCUCUUUCUCGCCGCUCCACCUACUGCACGGCUCACGCCACAACCUAUACCUCCCCCCCACCUCCUCCAUACCAAAAGAACUUUACAAUCGAGUCCCCACUGGAUGGCACGUCCCCCAUGGGGACCACAUCCCUAACCCUUCCUAAUUCUAUCGUCCACGCUAAUGAGCAUGGGUCCCCAGAGGCGAAAUAUAUCUUCUCACCUGAGGCCAUGAUGAAACCUGGCACACUGGUGUGA